AUGGUCAUCCCGAGCGCCCACCCCAUACUGGGGAUCAAGACGCCGCCGGCGGCCCCGCGCCUCGUCUGGCUCGGCCAGCCGGACCCCGAGGUCAACCCCCUCGCGGCGCUGCGGCCGCUCGCGCGCAGCUUGCUCGACGGGUUUGUUACGGAGCGGGAUUACUAUGAUCGGGGGUAUCAGUUCAGUGCAAGGUUGCGUGCGGUCGAAGACGUCGACAACAUCACGCAACACCUCAAGCGCUGCCCCCCGCUGCCGCGCCUCAAGCUCUCCCUGCGUGCAGGCGACCCCCUGACCCUCGAGCACCUCUUCGCCGGCCUCACUGUCUCCGCCGCGGCGCUAGAGCUCGACCUCGACCUGCCGCGCGACAGCAUACCGAGCUUUGCGCGCUGGCUGCGCCGCUGUGCCGGCCUCGAAGCGCUUGCGCUGCCCCGUGUGCUUGCAGCGGACAGGGACUACUUCUUCCGCGCGGUCGAGGUGGCUGUGAGGGGGCACAAGACGCUCAGCCAUGUCGGCGAGCUGGACCUCGGCAACCAAACCCACCGCGGCAUCAUCGACACCCUGCGCCGCAACGACCAGCUCGCACGCCGGACCCGCCGCGCCGUCUUCCGCGUGCUCGUCCCCGCACGCAUCGCGCUGCGCGGCGAGCAGCCGUGCCCGUGCCGCACCUGCACGCGGUGCCACCCUAGCACGCUGCUAAAACUGCCUACCCCUGUACUGAGGCGCAUCCUGCACUACUGCGCCGACGACGACGUGUUGUCUGCCGAGCAGUUCGACCUGCUCCUCAAGCACGCCGAGCGUAAGGAUGAGUGGGCGCACGUCGCGGGCGUCAUUGGGAACACUGCCGACGGCGCCGAAGCUCGCGCACUUCGCGACGACUGGCUCCGUGCCGGCCGCCUGUGGUACACUGGCCCUUUGGAGCGAUAG